GUCGACAAUGGGCUAAUAGUUCUCUGCCCAUGAUCGAAUAUUUAUAUUCCUUGAAUUUGAUAUUUGAUUGAAUAUUGCUAACUAGCUAGGACCCUCAGCCCUGAAGACAUAUUUGUAUCCAAAUUAUAGAUCACUUUUCUACAAGAUUGGCUUCUUUAAAAAAAGGUGAAAAAUGUACGCUAUUAGUCAUAAUGCCUGGAAAUCAUUGGUACGAUAUACUAAAGAAAAUAGCCUGUGAAGGCUCUUCGGAUAUUGACGAGCUGAAGGGGAUCUUUGAAAAGGAACUUUCAAAGAGAAAAUUCGACUCUAUUCGGAAUAUUGAAGAUCUAAUUGAUGUGCUCGAACGUGCGGAUAUGUUGAGCCUGCAUAAUGUCGAGCCCCUCCGCAAGAUGUCCUCCCAUAAACCGAAACUGAUUGAAGCCCUGGACAGGUACGGGACCCCCGUGUCGGCUCCUCGGGAACCCGUCAAUAUCUAUCAAGAAGAACGACUGGCUGAGGAGCUGCGGCAACACCUACGCAUUAGCCAGGCUUUCCAAAUACUGUCGGCUCCAGGGGUAGCACCUCCAGCAUUCAUCCCUGCUGCUGCCCCUACGCCGCCACCGCCACAGCAGAACUACAUCACGCCAGCUGCAUUUACUGAUCGCAAACGCACGGCUGUUUUUAAUAAGAUAUCUGAGGAACUGGGACGAUUCUGGCGAAUAUUUGGACGGAAGGCGGGCAUUGGUGAGGGCACCAUGGACGACAUCGAAGAACGAUAUCCCCGUGAUCUCAAAUCUAGAAUUUUACAUCUGCUGAAGUUGAUUGAAGAGGACGACUGCCAUGACCCAAGACAACUCCUGAUGCGUCUCUGCCGAGCCCUGACGGAAUGUGGUCGGAACGACAUAAAAAGGAAGGUGGAGCAAAUAAUGUCCCACUAAUAGCGAUAGAUUGCAUGGUGAACUAACUAUUAAAUGGGGUUUUCCCCUUAGAUAGACGUUGUAUACCUACAUAUAUGUACAUACAUAGCUGCGUGGCAGAAAACCAAAGUAAUCUAAGAGUAGUUACUUUAUAAGUUUAGUGAUCGUGCUGCACUACGCUUCAAGUGAGUUUCAGUAAACGGGAAGAGCAUGCAGUAUGAGAGGAUACUUCCGAAUUUUAGUCGAUUUGGUGGUCGACUUUUGAAUGUAGUUUAAAAAAGACGAUCAAAUAUUUAUUAAAUUGGCAUUGUCACUUGUCACUCA